AUGAUUAUUUUGUUUAAAUAAAAUGUAAUUAUAUUUUUUUUUUUUACAAAUAUUUGAAUUUACAUAAUCAAUACAAAUGUACUUGUUAAUGUUAUUAUUGUGGCCUUUUCCAGUCACAAUGGCAGAGUGAAGAUGGGUGACUGGAACUUCCUGGGGGGCAUUUUGGAGGAGGUGCACAUCCACUCCACCAUGGUGGGUAAGAUCUGGCUCACCCUGCUCUUCGUCUUCCGCAUGCUGGUCCUCGGCGUGGCGGCCGAAGACGUGUGGAACGACGAGCAGGCCGACUUCGUGUGCAACACGGAGCAGCCGGGCUGCAGGAACGCCUGCUACGACCUGGCCUUCCCCAUCUCGCUCAUCCGCUACUGGGUGCUGCAGGUCAUCUUCGUGUCCUCGCCCUCGCUGGUCUACAUGGGCCACGCCCUCUACAGGCUGCGGGCGCUGGACAAGGCCCGGCGGCGGAGGAGGGCGCUGCUGAGGAAGGAGCUGGAGGAGGUGGACGCCGAGUGGGUGGAGUCCAAGAGGAGGAUCGAGCGGGAGAUGAAGCAGUUGGAGCAAGGGAAGCCCAACAAGGCUCCCCUCAGGGGGUCUCUGCUGCGCACCUACGUGGCCCACGUGGUCAGCCGCUCUGUGCUGGAGGUGGCCUUCAUGCUGGGCCAGUACCUCCUCUACGGCUUCCGCUUGCACCCCUUGUUCAAAUGCCAGCGCUUCCCUUGCCCCAACGCCGUGGACUGCUACGUGUCCAGGCCCACGGAGAAGAGCGUCUUCAUGGUCUUCAUGCAGUGCAUCGCUGCCAUGUCACUCUUCCUCAACACCUUGGAAGUCCUCUACCUGGGCUACAAGAGGAUGCGACGGGACCUCCUGGACUUUUAUCCACAUUUGAAGGAAGACUUGGAGGACUUGGACAGACGCAAAAAGUCCUCGGUGCUCCAAGUUAACAGGAAAGCCACGUUAAUCUCGGCACCCGGCGACUUCAACGUCUUCACGGACCCCCAGCGAGGAAGCGCUUUCUACCCCGCGCAACCUCCUGCGUGUCUUCAGGGACCGAGCACGCAGGACGAGUCCGCCUUGACGCCAAGCGACGCGCUUAAGGAGGACCUGAAGAGUCAGGAUAAGGAGACCAGUAGUGGAAGGAGUAGCCCACAGAAAGCUUUAUCGUCCACGCUUCAGGCAGCCAGGAGGCCAUGGAGGGCCCACGAUGUCGCCUUCAGGUGCUCCACGGUGCCGGAGGGCAAGAGCUCGGACACAGACUCACAAGGACGCGAGGAAGUCGCCCCGUUGGGGCUUCAAAGCUGGUCGUCCGCCUCGGGCUUGGCGGAAGACUCCAAGCACAGCCCGAGAGCCGAGCCCUCGGCCGUGCGCAGGGCGUCGGAGGCGAGCGCAACGAGCAGCAGACGAGCGACGGACCUCCAGAUCUGACUUAGCCUGGACGCCGUUACCUCCGCCAGGGUUGUCUUUGUGCGGGGUUAUGAAAACCGGGCCAAGAGGAACCUGGGCUUUGGUUAAAUGUUGUACAAAAGAUAAUAAAGA